GCCGCAGUGACAGUGCUGGGGGAGUCCGAAGAUGGCGGCGUCGCGUCGCUCUCAGCAUCAUCACCACCAUCAUCAACAACAGCUCCAGCCCGCCCCAGGGGCUUCGGCGCCGCCGCCGCCACCUCCCCCACCACUCAGCCCCGGCCUGGCCCCCGGGACCACCCCAGCCUCCCCCACGGCGGGUGGCCUGGUCCCCUUCGCCUCCCCGCGGCACGGCCUAGCGCUGCCGGAGGGGGAUGGCAGUCGGGAUCCGCCCGACAGGCCCCGAUCCCCGGACCCGGUUGACAGUACCAGCUGUUGCAAUACCACCAGCACAAUCUGUACUGUCACCACCGCUCCCGUGGUCCCGGCGGUUUCUGCUUCGUCUGCCGUUGGGGUCGCUCCCAACCCAGCCGGCGGUAGUAGUAACAAUUCACCGUCGUCCUCUUCUUCCCCGACUUCUUCCUCAUCUUCCUCUCCAUCCUCCCCUGGAUCGAGCUUGGCGGAGAGCCCCGAGGCGGCCGGAGUUAGCACCACAGCAACACUGGGGCCUGGGGCAGCGGGACCUGGGCAAGGGGUUCCAGCAGUGAGCGGGGCCCUACGAGAACUGUUGGAAGCCUGUCGCAAUGGGGACGUGUCCCGGGUAAAGAGGCUGGUGGACGCGGCAAACGUGAAUGCUAAGGACAUGGCCGGCCGGAAGUCUUCUCCCCUGCACUUCGCUGCAGGUUUUGGAAGGAAGGAUGUUGUGGAACACUUACUACAGAUGGGUGCUAAUGUCCAUGCUCGUGACGACGGAGGUCUCAUCCCGCUGCAUAAUGCCUGUUCUUUUGGCCAUGCCGAGGUAGUGAGUCUGUUGCUGUGCCAAGGGGCCGAUCCCAAUGCCAGGGAUAACUGGAACUAUACCCCUCUGCAUGAAGCUGCUAUUAAAGGGAAAAUCGAUGUCUGUAUUGUGCUGCUGCAGCACGGAGCUGAUCCAAACAUUCGGAACACUGAUGGGAAAUCAGCCCUGGACCUGGCAGAUCCUUCAGCAAAAGCUGUCCUUACAGGUGAAUACAAGAAAGACGAACUCCUAGAAGCUGCUAGGAGUGGUAAUGAAGAAAAACUAAUGGCUUUACUGACUCCUCUAAAUGUGAAUUGCCAUGCAAGUGAUGGGCGAAAGUCUACUCCUUUACAUCUGGCCGCGGGCUACAACAGAGUUCGGAUAGUUCAGCUGCUUCUUCAGCAUGGUGCUGACGUUCAUGCAAAAGACAAAGGUGGACUUGUGCCUCUUCAUAAUGCAUGUUCAUAUGGACAUUAUGAAGUCACAGAACUGCUACUAAAGCAUGGAGCCUGUGUGAAUGCUAUGGAUCUCUGGCAGUUUACGCCACUCCAUGAGGCUGCUUCCAAGAAUCGCGUAGAAGUCUGCUCAUUGUUACUCAGCCAUGGCGCUGAUCCGACGUUAGUCAAUUGCCACGGCAAAAGUGCCGUGGAUAUGGCUCCAACGCCGGAGCUCCGGGAGAGAUUGACUUAUGAAUUUAAAGGUCAUUCUUUACUACAAGCAGCCAGAGAAGCUGACCUAGCCAAAGUUAAAAAAACGCUUGCCUUGGAAAUAAUUAAUUUCAAACAACCACAGUCGCAUGAAACUGCACUGCAUUGUGCUGUGGCCUCCCUGCAUCCCAAACGAAAACAAGUGACAGAAUUGUUACUUAGAAAAGGAGCAAAUGUUAAUGAAAAAAACAAAGAUUUCAUGACUCCUCUGCACGUUGCAGCAGAAAGAGCUCACAAUGAUGUCAUGGAAGUUCUACAUAAGCAUGGAGCAAAGAUGAAUGCACUAGACACUCUUGGUCAGACUGCUUUGCAUAGAGCUGCCCUAGCUGGUCACCUGCAGACUUGCCGCCUCCUGCUGAGUUAUGGCUCGGAUCCCUCCAUCAUCUCCUUACAAGGCUUUACAGCGGCGCAGAUGGGAAGCGAAGCAGUGCAGCAGAUUCUGAGUGAAAGUACACCUAUCCGUACUUCGGAUGUUGACUAUCGACUUUUAGAGGCAUCUAAAGCUGGAGACUUGGAAACUGUGAAGCAACUUUGCAGCCCUCAAAAUGUGAAUUGCAGAGAUUUAGAGGGCCGGCAUUCUACACCCUUACACUUUGCCGCAGGCUAUAAUCGUGUGUCUGUUGUGGAGUACCUCCUACACCACGGUGCCGACGUCCAUGCCAAAGACAAAGGUGGCUUGGUGCCCCUUCAUAAUGCUUGUUCCUAUGGACACUAUGAGGUAGCUGAGCUUUUAGUGAGACAUGGGGCUUCUGUCAACGUGGCGGACUUGUGGAAAUUCACCCCUCUACAUGAAGCGGCAGCAAAAGGAAAAUACGAAAUCUGCAAGCUCCUUUUAAAACAUGGAGCAGAUCCAACUAAAAAGAACAGAGAUGGAAAUACCCCUUUAGAUUUGGUAAAAGAAGGAGACACAGAUAUUCAGGACUUACUGAGAGGAGAUGCUGCCUUGUUGGACGCUGCCAAAAAGGGCUGCCUGGCAAGAGUGCAGAAGCUCUGUACUCCGGAGAAUAUCAACUGCAGAGACACCCAGGGCAGAAACUCAACCCCUCUGCACCUGGCAGCAGGCUACAAUAACCUGGAAGUAGCUGAAUAUCUUCUAGAGCAUGGAGCAGAUGUUAAUGCCCAAGACAAAGGUGGUUUAAUUCCUCUUCAUAAUGCAGCAUCCUAUGGGCAUGUGGACAUAGCAGCAUUAUUGAUAAAAUACAACACGUGCGUAAAUGCAACAGAUAAGUGGGCAUUUACUCCUCUUCAUGAAGCAGCCCAAAAGGGAAGGACCCAGUUAUGUGCCCUCCUCCUAGCACAUGGUGCAGAUCCAACUAUGAAGAACCAAGAAGGUCAGACACCUUUAGAUCUGGCAACAGCUGACGAUAUCAGAGCUUUGCUGAUAGAUGCUAUGCCUCCAGAGGCCUUGCCGACCUGUUUUAAACCUCAGGCUACCGUAGUAAGUGCCUCUCUAAUCUCACCAGCAUCCACCCCAUCCUGCCUGUCCGCUGCCAGCAGCAUAGAUAACCUCACCGGCCCUUUAGCGGAAUUGGCAGUAGGAGGAGCGUCCAACGCGGGGGAUGGCGCUGCCGGCACAGAAAGGAAGGAAGGAGAAGUUGCGGGUCUUGACAUGAAUAUCAGCCAAUUCCUAAAAAGCCUUGGUCUUGAACACCUUCGAGACAUCUUUGAAACAGAACAGAUAACGCUAGAUGUGUUGGCUGAUAUGGGUCAUGAAGAGUUGAAAGAAAUAGGAAUCAAUGCAUAUGGACACCGCCAUAAACUAAUCAAAGGAGUAGAAAGACUCUUAGGUGGACAACAAGGAACCAACCCUUAUUUGACUUUUCACUGUGUUAAUCAGGGAACUGUUUUGCUAGAUCUUGCUCCAGAGGAUAAGGAGUAUCAGUCAGUAGAAGAAGAGAUGCAAAGUACAAUUCGAGAACACAGAGAUGGUGGUAACGCUGGCGGCAUCUUCAACAGAUACAAUGUUAUUCGAAUUCAAAAAGUUGUCAACAAGAAGUUGCGGGAGCGAUUCUGUCACAGACAAAAGGAAGUGUCUGAGGAGAAUCAUAACCAUCACAAUGAGCGCAUGUUAUUUCAUGGUUCUCCUUUCAUUAAUGCCAUUAUUCAUAAAGGGUUUGAUGAGAGACAUGCAUACAUAGGAGGAAUGUUUGGUGCUGGGAUUUAUUUUGCCGAAAACUCUUCUAAAAGCAACCAGUAUGUUUAUGGAAUUGGAGGAGGCACAGGCUGCCCCACACACAAAGAUCGGUCAUGUUAUAUAUGUCACAGACAAAUGCUUUUCUGUAGAGUGACCCUUGGAAAAUCCUUUCUGCAGUUCAGCACCAUGAAAAUGGCUCAUGCGCCUCCAGGACAUCACUCAGUUAUUGGGAGACCAAGUGUGAAUGGGCUGGCAUAUGCUGAGUAUGUCAUCUACAGAGGAGAACAGGCAUACCCAGAGUAUCUCAUCACAUACCAGAUCAUGAAGCCGGAAGCUCCUUCACAGACUGCAACAGCCGCAGAGCAGAAGACCUAGUGAAUGCCCACUGGUAAAGCCAGAUCAGAUUUACACCUGGGACUGGAUUACAAUGGAUUGUUUCCAACAAAAUCAAUAUUCUGUAAAUCCCUGACAGCCUAGAAUAAGCUGUUUGUCUUUUAUGAAGCAUUGCUAUAUAGUAAUGAAUA